UCCACUCCUACGACCAUGGAUUGGACCGGUGAUGGGCGGCCUUCUCCUUCGGGCUCCGCCUUCUGGCCGUGGGUGGUUCUGACGCCAGCAGAGUGUGUGCAUUUCGGCAACAUAAGAAUCACUGCCAACGUCGCACUCUCUUCGAGAUUGUCUCCCUCUUCGGCUCCCUUCUCCCGCCGCCGGCAAUGUCUGCCGCCUCCAGAUAAGAAUUCCAGCGGCGCCAUGAUGGUAUCCCGUGAGUCGCCAAAGCAGAAGUGCAAUCGACGCUUUUUGACUACUUGCACUGGCGUGGGUAUGAGCUUGUUGGACGCUGAGCACAUCAACGAAAAUUCGCCUAAUUUGUGGUGAAGCUGAUUGCAAAGGUCGAGAAAAUGGGAGCUUGUGCUGGUGUUAUCAACGAGGAGAAAACAAACGUAGCCCGAACGAGUAGCCAAGUGAAAGCAAAAGAAGGGAGCUAAGCCAGCCAGUGAUCCAUAGGCCUUUGUCCGAACCCUAGGAUUUAGAGACUUUUGGUGAAGCUACAUUCGGACUGUUCGCUUUGCCAUCGCUCUAACUCUAUUGACUUGAGACUAGGUUGAGGGAGUCAAUCAAUUGACCUUGUACCUCGUCCCACGAGUACACUAACGAGAGAGGAAACCUUACUCUGCUGAGCUAUUCGGAUUUAGAGGGACUUUUGUUAUCUUGUUUUGAAGGGGUAGUUUUUCGGACGUUUUCUAGGAUCAGAGGGAAGCUGCUAACCUUAGACUCAGGAUUUGAAGAGAUGGGCUGGCGGUAGGGCUUCGCUCCCUUUACUGCUCAAGGAGAAGAGAGGUGAAAAUGGGGAUUUGAAGGUCGAAAAAAGUGAUGGGUUGCGUUUCCUUUUUUU